AUGUCAAUCGUACCUCCCAGUCUCACUCAGUGGACCGAAGAACACUUGUCCGCUAUCUUCGAGGCCACUAAUUCUCAAGCAUUUAACCAGGCCUUCGACGCCUUCAUUGCUCCUGACGCUGUCAUCACAGUCAAUGGUGUCAAGACAUCUGUUGCUCAAUACAAGCAGCAGUUGCAAGGAGAAGCUUUCCUGGAAGCCUCUGCCACCGUCAAGUACGACGGUGCCGUUGAAGUACCCGACAGCGAGAAGUCGCCCACAGAGGCAGGAACUGUGGGCGUCUUCUAUGAAGCCACCUUUUACAGUGAGUUAAGGGUCUUCGGAGGUGCGCAGGCAUCCACUGCCAGCUCUUCCGUGAAUGUCAUGUAUGUUCUCUUUGAUUUUAUCUAUUAA